GAGACGGGGGAGCGGGGGGCUCGUCUGAUUACGGGGCCCUGGACCUAGGAGCGACAGAGUUUGAGAAGCCAGCAGCUCGGGGUUCGGCGGCAUCGGCCCCCUUGGCCGAAGUUGGGGGGGGGCGCCGAGCGCGCGGGGUGGGGGGGGGUCCUGGUCUUUGGCUUCUCAACUCGGUCCUGUUUCGACAGCGAACAUGUCUCGGCCUGUCAGAAAUAGGAAGGUCGUUGAUUAUUCACAGUUUCAGGAAUCUGAUGAUGCUGACGAAGAUUAUGGAAGAGAUUCAGGUCCUCCAGCUAAGAAAAUUCGAUCAUCUCCCCGAGAAGCUAAAAAUAAGAGGCGAUCUGGAAAGAAUUCACAGGAAGAUAGUGAGGACUCAGAAGAAAAAGAUGUGAAGACCAAGAAAGAUGAUUCUCACUCAGCAGAGGACAGUGAAGAUGAAAAAGAAGAUCAUAAAAAUGUGCGCCAACAACGGCAGGCAGCAUCUAAAGCAGCUUCUAAACAGAGAGAGAUGCUCAUGGAAGAUGUGGGCAGUGAAGAAGAAGAAGAAGAAGAGGAUGAGGCACCAUUCCAGGAGAAAGAUUCCGGCAGCGAUGAAGAUUUUCUAAUGGAAGAUGACGAUGAUAGUGACUAUGGCAGUUCAAAAAAGAAAAACAAAAAGAUGGUUAAGAAGUCCAAACCUGAGAGAAAAGAAAAGAAAAUGCCCAAACCCAGGCUAAAGGCUACAGUGACGCCAAGUCCUGUGAAAGGCAAAGGGAGAGUGGGCCGCCCCGCAGCUUCAAAGGCCUCAAAGGAAAAGACUCCUUCUCCCAAAGAAGAUGACGAGGAACCGGAAAGCCCUCCAGAAAAGAAAACAUGUGCAAGCCCUCCACCUGAGAAGUCCGGAGAUGAAGGGUCCGAAUAUGAAGCCCCAUCUGGGGAGGAUUAAAAGUGAUGGUGGUUUGGGGAGAGAUUUUAUUAAAAAAAGAGGGGGAAAAAAGGAAAAAAAGAAAACCUUCUUAAGAUAGAACAUGGUUUUGGCUAUGGCUUGACUCAUGGGCUUUCAGUGCUUUUUUUCCUUUUGUUAAAAGUAAUAUUUUCUCUCUCUUUUUUUUUAAGGAAACCAUUGUAUGUUUAAUUUACCUUUUUGUCUAUUAGUCUUCUCUUUGCCACCACCCUCUCUUCCCCCCCUUCCCAAUGAAAGCCAUGUCAAAUUAAUCACUGGAUUGACUGCUUCAUCUUUUUAUUUUUAAUGGAAGGUAUACCACAGUUGUAAAACAAUAAGAUUUGAAAUGAACACUAUGGAAAUGUUGCUUUUUGCUAAACAGUAGCAAGUUGAGCAGUAAUCAAAAACAUAGAAGGGUUUUAGUUUAAAAUGAUUUUCUUUCUCUACUUGGACUUUUUUUUUAAAUCAGUUGUCAUCUAAUACAAGUUUAUAUAUCUAUAUACGCAAAUAUAGAUGUCUAAAAAAAAUCAUGACUAAACUUCCACUGAUGGGGCAGGUAGGAAAAGAUGAAUUCUGAAUUGUUACUAAAAGUAUCCAUAUUUUUUACCUUGGGGGCAGAACAGGGAAUGGGGUUACCUGACCUUGUUUGAGGGUGUGGUUUUUGGGCGUAUUUUUUCCAUCACUUGUUAUCUCAAAGAGACUCAGAGCCAGUGGUCCUUUUAUCCUGCUACAUUCUUUAAGGAACUUGAGAAAAAAAAAAACAAGGGCCGCCAAAUCUUAAAUCACUCUUGAUUUCCUAUUUCAUUCUCUAAUGAUUCAUGUUUUAAAAUAUAUAUGUAUCUGUUGUUUCUUGGAUAAAAUUUUACCAAGGGUCAAAAAAUAACCCUAGGAUUUAAAUGGCAAGAACUAUACAUCACAGUGGAUGUCUUCUCAAACUGACAAUGUUUAGGUUUUAAGCAAAUAAAGUACCAGUUAAUGUGAAACUCAUUCACAAAAGACUUGAGAUGUUUCCUUUAUAAAAACAAUUGAAAUUCUUUUAUGCCAUAAAAUGUGCAUUAAGAUCUCAUGAACCAUGCUCAGUUUUUAUUGGGAAUAGAAUAUUUUUCCUAUUCAUACACCUGUCUGCCCAUUUCUUUAUAGCAGCAUGGGAUGAAGUGCGUCUCUCGGCUUCCUGCUACUGAGUAGGAUCCCACUGCACACCGUCCCCUGGUGCCUACCAGCCCUGCUAUAGGACAUGCCUUCUCCUGGCCCUGGCUCCAUUACUUCACAUCCUGUGCUUGAUGGGAGUGUGUUAAAUGCUGCUUCCGCACUAUUCAGUUUGCUUUUGUCUUUUUACUGGUGCCCCUGCUUACUGCUCAUAUUGCUUAAAGCGGGAAUUGAAGGGGCCCAGCAGGGCUAGAGAAAGCAUACAUUCAGGAGGCCUAUGUGCAGUUGGUAACAGACUUUUUACAUGCCUUAUGAGAACAGUCGGCUUAGAUCUGUUAAGUCUGAUCCUCCAUAUUCUGUUACCAUGAGCUUCUGGAAGCAAAGGAUAGGGGCCAUCGUGUGCUAAGAAGUUGAAAAAUUAGUGCAGUUUAACCUGCCUUUAUCUAGAUUUGCUUCCUGAAUAUCUUAACGUGUGUGGUUUACUUUCUUUUAAUUACAGCAUUUUUUUUUUUCAGACAACAUGGCUUUCUUGCAGAUGUUCCUAGAACAAAAGGUUAUUUAAGGAAUAUUUUUACUCUGAUUUUUAAGACACUUUAAGGAAUACUCUUACUCUGUUAUUUAAAAUAAAAAACACCCAGAAGCAGAGAGUCAUUUCACUGUUGCACUAUGUGUUAAAGAAUGAAUUUGAAGAUUUUAGUACUUGGCCAAAAAUGCAAAGCUUGAACAUAAGUAGCAGUUGGAUUGUUAUCUUUCAUGAUGGUUAACUAUCGUUGUGAACUCGGUAAUGAGGGUGUUUGCUUUAGUGGGUUUGUUCAGGUAUCCAAUUUUAACAAGGUUUGUGUUCAUAUAGUAGGAUCAGUGUUUCCACCAUGCACUUCUAUUUUUAGGGGUUUAUAACUUUAAGUCUUACAUUCCUAGUAACAUUUGGGCUUUUGUGAAUAUUGUGGGGAAAGGGGUCUUUUAAAACUUUAGCUUCAGUACGCUAUGUAACACAGUCUCUUUAAUAUAGUAAUCUGCACUGACAACUCUGAUCCGCGCACAUUCUGUAGAGGCCAUCUUGUCUUCUAGGUUACUCGUGUGCAUUUGGUUGGGCUUUUUGUUUGGGAUCCCUUUUUAAAAAAUUAAUUCAUGGGAUUAAAAAAUGUAUUAUAUAUUUCUAUUAGACUGGACAAAAGAAUCUAUGUCCCCAAGUGAGACAGGCUCUGAAUGACCUUUGUUUUCUCCACUUUGUAUUGAUGAUUUAAAACACUCUGGUCUUCCCCUCAAAUCAUGCAUGCAAAUAGGAGGGCAGCUGUGGUGUCUCAACUGGAAACAGGUGCUCACUAGUCAGGCUUGAUAGUGAUGUCAGGACGGCUUACAAGCCAUAAACUGCUAGCGGCUGGCAUCGGUAGUGCCCUUGCCAACUCCCUCCUUUUCUCUAGUGUGCCUCUGGUGAAAUGGCAAUAGCGUUCACUGUCGUGUUUUGCAGUGCUCAGGAAAUGGGACAUUAACUUGGAUGGUUCUUAUUGGUGUUGAGUGAAUUCUCUGUGUUAGCUCUAUGAGGUUUACCUCGGAACAUGGAUUUCGGCAGCUAUGCUGACUGACACUACAUGCUAGCUCUUAAGAUUUUUUUUUUCCUAGACUUCCCAACUAGACAUAGUAAGUUACUAGGGUAGCUUACAUCUUAUUAAAUCUAUUAUUAAAUCUUAUUAAAUCUAUCUGUAACUUGCUGCUGCUUUUAGCCCUCCCCACCACAGAUUGGAAUAAAUGGAGCGGGCCCAAAGGAUACGUUUUAAUUUCAGUAAUGGUACAUUUGUCCUUUCUAAAAACAUCUCGCCCUUUCAUUUCUUCACUCGCUACUGAGUCCAUAAAGGAAAAUGAAUGGGUGUGUCCUCCUUAGGGAGGUAAAAGAGUGGACGUCUUUUAAUCUGGAAGAAUAGUUGAUUUCCCAUGAAGGAGCUUUGAUACUGAUUUUUCUGUCAUGAUAACUGGUUUGCCCUACGUUCAAUCCUCAAUUCAAUACUUAUUCUUGGUACUGGUUCAAAUAGCAUUUUCUCAUAAGUCACUAGUAAUCAAGAGUAGAAUUUGAAGUUACCAUCCAGUAAAGUUUUUGCCACUCUUAGGGAUAGUUUGCUAAACUGAACUGGAUACUUUUAAAAAAUAAUAUUUUUUAGCCGUGACCAUUCAAAUAACAAGUAGAUUUUAGAGCACUGGUUGGGGAAACGGGAUAGUGCUUUUCUUUAAGCAAACCAGUUUAGGAGAUGCUUGAGAGUGGGAGAAAGGCAGGCGCAGAAGUUAAUGCCUGGAGCAACAGGGAGAGCUUUAUGAAAGCUCUGGUGGCCAUUGUCACUGCUGCAAAGAAUGGGAGUGUCUGCAUCACCAGUAGCUGCACUGAAGCAGAAACUGUCAGCCCAAUUUGGAAAGGAAGAAACCUGGGCGCUGGUGUUUCCCGCAUUCUGACUUAGACACUUAAACAGAACCAGUAAUACACAUUUCCUGCCACAGGACAGGAAAACUGACAAGCCGGUUGCUCUUCAGGUUAAAAAAUUGUCAUUUUCUCUGUGCUUGGAGCUGGAUUAUUUGGAAAGGGAAUUAGUUUCUUGUUUGAAUAUUUGGACAUCGAACUAUAGCCAAAUUUCAAUCUGCAACCCAUUUUCCCUUUCUCUUGGGAGAAACUUGAUGCAAGGUGACUCUGAAUCCCAAGUCCCUAAGCUACACCUUUUUUUCAAAACCUAAUUCACAAAAUUCACAGUGGUGCUGACUGUGUAUUAACCACUAUUGGGAAAAGUCCCAUAAAACCUGCCUGUUGCCAUGCCAAUGGAGUGACUGAACUGGUGACAUCUGUUUGAGCAUGCUUUGUGUGGCUGGUGGAAUGCCACCAUUGUGCGUACACUUUGUACAUCAGGGGUGAAGGGAGGGUUUUCUAGAUUUAUGGGGGGAGAGUAAAAUGGGGAUUUCUUUUUUCUUUUUCAAGGGGGUGUAGGGGUAUAGUUCUCAGCUUAUGCCCUAAAUAACAUGUAUAAAACCCCCUGAAGUAUUGCGUGGGUGUGUGCGAGAGAGUGUGUAUAUGUCUGGCAAACCUUUGUCUUCUGGAAAUUAGUGAAUUCUUUUUCCUCCAGAAGUAUUUGUUACAAGAUUUGUAAAUAAGAGCUCUACUUAGUUUUGUUUACCAUGAACAUGUUGCAGCAAACCUUAUACACCUAGUUACUGGAUUUAAGGAAAGACUUGCCAGGUUAAGCAGCAGCCAAGUUGUCAAUAAUUGCUUGCCUUGAUUCAGACUUCAUUUUGCCAGCUCUAAAAUUCUCAGUCUUCCUUAAUUUUAGUCCUUCAUGUUUUACGUUCUGAGCAGGAAGUGUAAAAGAGGAACCUGCUUACAUGUAUUUAAUUAUAAGUCCAUGGGCUGAGACCAGGGCAUCCUUUUCUUAAUACUGCAAUGUUGCUAAGAUACGUGAUCAUACACCAGAGGGUUGGGCAUUCUUGCAAUACCUUAACAGUGCUGAAAUCUGCAGCAUGGUACUAAGGAAGGUAAAGUUUGAAUGUAACCACUUUAUUUAAAAAGUUUUAAUUUAAAUGAAAUGGGAUCGAAGUGAACAUGAUUUUGUUGACCAUGUUCGUGAAUUAUAGAUGCAACAUGCAUUGGUAGACUUGUGUGGUGGUCUUUUGUGAUACUUAAUUUUUACAUAUCCCCGUCUGUAUGUAUCUGCAUAGACAAAGAAAAAACAACCCCUGCUUUCUUUUAUUGAAGGGUUUCCAGGACUGCGUGUCUGCUCCUGAGCUCUGUUUUAAGUAUGUGUAUCCUUUGCUUGUAUUUUGUAUUAAAAAAUAAGAAAAAAGAACCCUUUAUUGUUGAGCAUGUUGGCAUUGUCCCCUUUAUUUUUCUUUUUUUUUUUUCCUCUUUUUGGGACAUAUGAAACAAGUUAUUCUUUUUCUGUAUCUUUUUUUUUCUUUUGUAAACUUUUUUUGUUUUGUUUAAAAAUGGCUUUAUAAAAGGGCUUUUAUAACCCA